AAGGCAUUGGCCUCCUAAGCCAGGGAUUGUGGGUUCGAGUCCCAUCUGGGGUGGGUGUUUUUUUUCCCCCUCAAGCCUCGCCGUUUCUCCGGGUGCCCGCGAGCCGCCGGCUGCCGCGGGUGUGCGGCUCCUGGACUUCUUGCUGGCCGUCCCCUGCUGGCUCUAGCGAGACGUGCAGACCCUUUUAAUCCGGAGACCCCAAAAACUCGCGCGAGGCGCGGCUGCGGACCAACUCGGCUUCCCGCAGCGGGAUGGGCUCCUCGGGUGUCUCACGGUGACCCCGCUCCGGUACCACAGGCCGGCGGCGGGCCGCUCAACCCCCGACCCAGCGCGAGGGGGGUGCGGGCACGGACCGUCCCGACCGCCCGACCACCGCCACUCGACCUGCGCUGUUUGCCACGGCGGCGGGGGGGGGCGCGAAGAGGCGAUCGUUCGCUCGGCUCUCGGCAGCGCGCACUGUCAGGGCGCGAGAGCGAGGCCGCGGAGCCAGGCGGCGGCGCCCGAUUGGCCGACGGGCGGGCGCGCGCGCGGGACGGAAGAUGGCGGCGCUGGGCACCCCCCUGCCCACGCUGCGCGCGCUCCUGCGCGAGCUCCGCCACGCCGCCGGCCGCCACUAUCGCGACAGCCCCGCCUAUCGCCACGUGCUCGCGGCCUUCCGCGCGCACCGGGUGACCAGCGAGAAGCUGUGCCGGGCCCAGCAGGAGCUGCACUUCCAGGCCGCCACCUACCUGUGCCUGCUCCGCAGUGUCCGCGAGCACGAGGCCCUGCACCGCGAGUACCACGGCAAGGGCGAGCGCUCACCCGAGGAGGUCGCCGGGCUGGUGGGCUUCAGGCUGCCCCAGCAGCCAGGGGGGAAAGGCUGACAUGGGUCUGCUGUGUAAACUCAUUAUUCCUCAAUAAAUAUCCUACGGCUACCGGAA